AGCGGCUGUUGUGAGUCCGUUUGUAGUUUUUACUUACAGCCAGAGACAAUGGAGAAACUGAAAUAGACCCCGAGCGAGAGACAUACUCUGUUCAUGAGCAGCGAAGAGACGGAUUACCUGUUCAAGAUGGAAUCGGUUUAUUCACGGUACGCGACCACUGUCGUCCAGAAUAUCAGUGAGUUCAACUCCGCCGCCCGAAACCUCCACUGGAGCGACUGUCAGGCGACUGGCUGAUCUGAGAGCGAGUCUGGAGAGUGACUGACUGCUAUGGCAGACUUCACCCCACAUUCACAUCACCCAUUAUAUUACUGGUGCCUACCACAGAUGGCCCUGUACAUUCCAUUAGUAAAGAACACUGAACCUCCAGCCAACAUGACCAGGAUGAAAGAAAAGUUGUCACUUAGUCCAUAUGCUGGAAUGUCCAUUCUUACCAUGUUAGAGAAAAUUGGACUUCAUCUUUGGGAAGUCAUGAAGAACAUUAUCAAUCACUGCGUGAAUUUCGCAGAGCUUCUUAACUCCACAAAUUUCUUAAUGUGUGCUAGAGAAACAAUGGCCAUGAUGGACGAGUCUAAGAAAAGCACUGUGGGCUUGGAGGCCCAGGAAAGGCCUGGAUUGGAGGCCAGGAAGAUGGAAAUCCUGCCAGUCAGCCUCUACAACAUUGGUAUUAGUGCAGAAAUGAAGAUCAUGGACGAUCCUAUGAAGAAGCCUAAUAUGUUUGCUGGAGAUUAUGUUGUGCUUGCAGACUGGCUGGAGUGGGAAUCUGAUGACGAGGAGGACGAAGGCUGUUUUGAUGAAAGUGAUGAUGAGGAUGAAGACGAGGGCAAGGAGGAACAGUCUUCUCCAGACAAAGAGCAUGAAAUGGAAUGGACUGAUGAAGAGGACUCAGACUGGUCAGAUGAUGAGGAAAAGGAUUUGGAAGCAUCCACCGAGAGCACAGAGAUAUGGGAGUCCUUUCUUAACAAUGAUCCCUAUAAUCCAUUCUGCUUGUCUUGCUCUGAUGGAGUCAAAACAAAGUCUUCAGAUAAUAUGCAACAACAAAACCACACAACUCCAGGUCCCAGCGAAGUUAAAACGUCUUCAUCUGAAGAUGUAGAAGAACACAGUCCUAAAGAAAACAAAAAGGGAGGAACAAAGAAGGUACGGUUCAGUGAGGAGGUCAAAGUACACAACCUGGUGGCCUGGAGCUUUGCCAGUCGGGAAGCGCGGGACGGGUCCUACUGGAUGCAGCUGGCCAGAGACAGGGAGCGAUUCAAAAGGAGAGUGGAGAGAACCGAAGAGGUGCUCAGUCCCUGCCUAACAUCCCAGCACAGAGCCAGGGUCUGGGACAGGCUUGAGAGCUCUGCUACAAUGUUAUAAUAUUCUUGAUGCUACUGUUGUGUUUUUUUAUUUAAUGUAGUUCAUUAUUUAAUACAGUUUUAAUUCAGUUUGUGGUGUGUGUUUUUAUUUGAAUUUUGUAUUUUCUAUGGUGGUUUAUUAUUUACCUCAACAAAUGGAAGUUAUUGCACUGAAAAAAAAAUCACCUUUUACCUUGUUUAUAUGUUUGACCUGUUUACAUUGUACUUCACUAACAUUUUGUACACUUUGUCACUUUUUUUAUAUUGUGUAUGUGUGAUAUUAAACUGUUUUUCUAGUGAGAA